AUGUUCUACUCACAGCCUCUUCAUCUGGCCAAGGCCGCAGAGCUCAAGCAGGCACCUCCGAAGCGCGGAGCUUACUCUGUGCCCAUUGCCGGCACCGAGCAGCCUGACCGCACUCCAGUAUACCGCGCAUGGAACUCGCAGAAAGAGCUUUUGAGGACUCUGGAUCCCGAGGUUACCACUGCGCAUGACAUUUUCGAGCAGACGGCCAACCGUCAGCCCAAGAACCACUGCCUCGGAUGGCGUCCGUAUAACUCCGUUACCAAGGCUUGGGACCCGUACCAGUGGCUCACAUACGAGACCGUGCAGAAGCGACGCGCUGCAUUUGGUGCUGGUCUGGUAGAGUUGCACCAAAAGCACAACUGCCACCACCCUGGCCAGUAUGGUGUCGGUCUCUGGGCCCAGAACCGCCCGGAAUGGCAGAUCACCGAUCUGGCUUGCAUUUCCCAAUCCCUCUACACCGUCUCCAUCUACGACGUCCUGGCCCCGGACGCUACCGAAUAUAUCAUCAACCACGCUGAGCUGAGCUGUGUUGUCACCUCUAUUACCCACAUUCCGACUCUGAUCAAGCUCAAGUCUUCUCUCCCCAAUCUGAAGAUGAUCGUCAGUUUGGACCCGCUGGACGGAGGUGAGCAGGACGGCCACUCCAAGCGUGCCCUACUUGAGUCCAUGGCCACCGGCCUGGACCUCGCAAUCUACACCAUGGAACAGGUUGAGGAGCUGGGCGUGGCCUCCAAGCGCGCAUACAACCCUCCCUCUGCCUCUGACAUUGUCACUAUCAACUACACAUCCGGCACAACCGGUCCCCCCAAGGGUGUCGUCCUGACCCACGGUAAUGCCGUUGCCGCCACCUCUUGCGGUCUGAUCACUAUCAAUCAGGGCAAGGGUGACACAAUGUGCUCUUACUUGCCCUUGGCGCACAUCUAUGCCCGUCUGGCCGAGCACACUGCUUUCUGGGGCGGUGCACGAAUCGGUUACUUCCACGGAAACAUCACCGAGUUGGUCGACGAUCUGAAGCUGCUGAAGCCCACCGGUUUCAUGUCUGUUCCUCGUCUGUACAGCAGAUUCGGUACCGCUGUCCGUGCCGCCACUGUCGAGCAGCCUGGCUUCAAGGGCGCUCUUUCACGACACGUCAUGGCCGCUAAGACCGCGAACAUGAAGCACCCCGACCCCUCCCAGGCGACCAUCAAGCACGCCUUGUACGACCGCAUCUGGGCUAAGAAGGUAGCUGCCGCUCUCGGUUUGGAGCGCGCCAAAUACAUGGUCUCUGGCUCCGCCCCCUUGGACCCGACCCUGCACAACUUCCUGCGUCUCGCUACUGGUACCGACGUUGUCCAGGGCUACGGUUUGACCGAGUCCUAUGCCUCAGCCACCGCCCAGUCCACCUCGGAUCUGACCACCGGCAACUGCGGUGCCCUCGCCCCCUGUGUUGAGGCUUGCCUGGUCUCCCUGCCGGACAUGGAGUACUCCGUGCACGACAAACCCUUCCCCCGUGGUGAGCUCCUGCUUCGCGGCAACAACAUGUUCCGCGAGUACUACAAGAACGAGGAAGAGACCAGCAAGGCCCUGACCGAGGACGGCUGGUUCCGCACCGGUGACGUCUGCACCGUCGACGAGCGCGGCCGCUUCAUCAUCAUCGACCGUCGCAAGAACGUCCUCAAGCUCGCCCAGGGCGAGUAUAUCUCCCCUGAGCGUCUCGAGGGUGUCGUCCUCUCCGAGCUCGGGUACAUCGCCCAGGCUUACAUCCACGGUGACAGCAUGCAGACUUUCCUGGUCGGCAUCUUCGGUGUUUCACCCGACCUCUUCGCUCCCUACGCCAGCAAGGUCCUGGGUAGACCCAUUGCCGCGACUGACCUGGAGGCUAUCAAGGAGACUCUGAACGAUGACAAGAUUCGCCGCGCUGUCCUCCGUGAUCUCGAGCGCAUGGCCAAGAAGCACAAGUUUGCCGGUUACGAGCGUGUCCGCAACGUCGCCCUCCGAUUGGAGCCAUUCACCGUUGAGAACAACCUGUUGACCCCGACUCUCAAGCUUAAGCGUCCUCCCGUCGUCAAGGUAUACAGAACCCUCUUGGACCAGCUCUACGAGCAGGCCAACGAGGAGCAGUCCGCUCCCCGGGCUAAGCUGUAG